AUGGCGAAAUCAGUCUCAAAAGCGACGACAGCACGCUUCCAGACCCUAAAACGAUACAUCAAAAAGCCAUGGGAAAUUACGGGACCAUGCGCCGACCCGGAAUACAGAUCCGCUGUACCCAUGGUCACUGAUUGCCGCCUCGAAUGCCCUGCCACCACUAAACUCAAAGCUGUGGUGCCCACUUCAAUCCCAGAAACUGUCUACGAUAUCAAGUACUUUGCUCGCGAUCAACGCCGUAACAGGCCUCCCAUUCAACGCACCGUCUUGAAGAAACCUGAGGUGGUAAACUUGAUGAAGGAGAAGCAGAGCUUUGAUGUCACUGAAUUUCCUAUCCCUUAUUUGACUGCUAAAGUUGAAGAGGAUGAUAAUGCUUAUGGUGGAGGCUACGAGACCGGAUUUAAAUAA